UCAAUUCAUACACUAGCGAGUAUUAAUGAUGUUUCACAUUUCCAAAAAUUUACUAUAAAUACCCAACCAACUUUGGUUAUAAGUAUCAAUCAAUCUGAAGCUUUUAUUCAAUCAACAGUCGCAGACAAUCAACCUCAAGCACUUCAAUAUGUUCAAAUACGCCGUUGUUCUCUUCGCCCUCAUCGCUUGCGCUGCCGCCAAACCAGGUCUCCUCGCCGCCGCUCCAUUGGCCUACGCUGCUCCCGCCGCUGUUGUUGCUGCUCCAGCUCCUGUUGUGACCGCCACCAGCAGCCAAGUGAUCGCUCGCAACUACAAUGGCAUCGCCGCUGCUCCAAUUGUCGCCGCCGCCCCAGUAGCCGCUCCUGUUGUUGCCCGUUAUGCCGCUGCUGCUCCUCUCGCCGCUCCAUUGGUGUCUGCCCACUACGCUGCCGCUCCUUUGGCUGCUCCAGUUGUCUCCCACUAUGCUGCACCCCAACUUCUGUGGUGAAAAAUAUGUUGAAUCGAAACUUGCCAAACGAAUUAAUAAACUUAGUAUAUAUAUUUAAUUACAUUAUU